AUGAAAGGAGAAGUCACAACCAUUAAAGUGAGGUAUAACUCCGGUGGAACUAGAAUUGCUCGUAGGAUCACCAUCAGCAAGUAUAUCAAGUUGGAAGAAUUAGAAUACAAGAUACGCGAACGUUUCGACGUCAGUCUUGACAAAAGGAUUGAAAUUUAUUAUUUAGACGAUGAAGGGGAUCACAUCGCCAUCACCUUCGAGGAAGAGUUAGCAUUGGCCUUGGAAUCUCCGAAUGCAUUAACACUCGAGUUAGUCGUCAAACCAAAGAUUAUCGAUGCUUUCUACACCUAUCCAAAGGUUUCAAAAGGUAGUCCCGGUGAUAUUACAGAGGUUUUAGUUGAAGACCAAUGGCUUACAAUUCCCAGCGCAACGAGAAAUGAUACCAAAGCAUGGGGAACUCACAUUUAUACUGGUGACUCUGAUCUUGUGAAAGCUUUAGUUCACACAGAGAAAAUUGAACUGACAGAUUUGCCACCAAGAUAUAAUGUCAUUGCCACUUUACGCUUCCUGCCUGGCUGCAUUAAAUACAUCGGUUCGACUAGCCAAGGAAUAACCACCUUGAACUACGGCCCCUAUGAUUUGAGUUAUGUCAUUGAAGAUGUUAGAACAGUUCCUCUUUGA